GUACAGCUGAAAGCAGAGUGUAACAAGGGAUAUGUCAGGGUAAAGCAGUAGGGGGUCAAUCCUACCAGCAUUGACUCAGUCAUAAUUGGGAAGGACCAAGAGAUGAAGCUGCAGCCUGGCCAGGUUCUCUAUAUGGUGAAUGAACUUUAUCCAUAUAUUGUAGAGUUUGAGGAAGAAGCAAAGGGCCCUGGCCUACAAACACACAGGAAGAGAAAGAGGUCAGGCCACGGCAAUUCUAUAGAAGGGGAUGUUGCCCAGGAAGCUGAGCCUAUGAUAGAGCAGGAACAUGGGACUUCCAACCCCAGCCAAUAUUCUCUGCCCCCAAAAAAGGGGAAAGAUGCAUCUGCCAAAAAGGAAUCACUGGGCCACUGGAGUCAAGGCUUAAAGAUUUCUAUGCAAGACCCUAAAACGGUUUACAAAAAUGAGCAGGUGGUGGUGAUUAAGGAUAAAUACCCUAAGGCCCAGUAUCAUUGGUUGGUCUUGCCAUGGGCCUCUAUUUCCAGUUUGAAGGCUGUGACCAGUGAACACCUUGAACUUCUCAAACAUAUGCAUGUUGUAGGAGAAAAGGUGAUAUCAGAUUUUGCUGGAUGUAACAAACUCCGUUUCCAACUGGGCUAUCAUGCCAUUCCCAGCAAGAGCCAUGUACACCUUCAUGUGGUCAGCCAGGAUUUUGAGUCUCCUUGGCUUAAAAACAAAAAACACUGGAAUUCUUUCAAUACAGAAUACUUCUUAGAAUCAAAAGCUAUAAUCAAGAUGGUACAAGAGGCUGGCAAGGUGACUGUCCAGGAUGGGACGUCUGAGCUCUUGAAGCUGCCCCUUCGAUGUCAUGAGUGUCAGCAACUACUGCCUUCCAUUCCACAGCUGAAAGAGCAUCUCAGGAAGCACUGGACAAAGUGAUGCUGAAGAGCUUCAACUUCUGCUGCCAGGGUGGCCAAUUGGAGAGAAAUGCUGGCACCUAUUCUGGGUUGAGAACUUCUAUUUAUUUCUCCAAUUAAAAUAUGCAG